GCCCUGUUUGCUUUCUUUCAUUUCUUUCUCCAAUUCCUCCCUGCAGCGGUACACGCUGGCAGAACCAGCCCCGUGGUGGGAAGCUCUGCGCACCCCGGGACACAGGGGACACCGCUUUGUGCCCACAGGACGGAGCAGCUCGGGGAUGUGCUUACAGCGCCGCAGCUGCUGUGCGCCGUGUGCGUGCCUGCGUGGGCAGCGGGGAGGGGGGACGUGAGCUCCGGAGGGAGGGAUCGCGUCGUCGUCCCCGCGCUGUCGUCCCCGCGCUGUCAUCCAUCCAUCCACCCAUCCACCCAUUCCAUCCACCCAUCCGUCCAUCCCCUGUGCCUCGAGCCCGAGCGAAGCGACGUGGCGGCCGCUGGGUGCAGAUGCCCCAUGACAGCCCAUCCCCCGGCGCACGGCCCCACCUGCCGUAGCCACCCCUUUCUCCCUGGUUCCCCGUCUGGGAUGGCCCUGAUGCGUCGGUGAGGGACGGGCAGACGAGCACCCACCAGAACACCGCACCCCCCCCCGCACCAUGGAGGCCCCCCAGGAUGUGCCCGUCGGGAACCUCAUCGACUUCGGCACCGAAGCGACCACCCUUGCCCCCUCAGAGCCCUCUCCUCCGGCCGUCCCCAGCGACAACGGGCACCUGGAGGAGGUGACAGCGGAGGAGAGCGAUGCCACCGAGUCGGCGGACAGCGAGAAUGACAUGGGCGAGUCCCCUGCUCACUGGGGCCACCGCCGCUCCUCCUCGGGCGAAUCCUUCUCCUCCAACCACAGCACCGGGUCGGCCAGGGACGAGGCAGCGGCCGAGCGCCGGGACUUUGUGCGGCACUACGUGGAGAAGAUCUUCACCGGGGGAGAGGAUCUGGAGCAGGAGGAGAAGGCGAGGUUCGGGGAGCUGUGCAGCGGCGAGGACGGGAAGGGCAGGGAGUGGUUCGCCAGAUACGUGAGCGCACAGCGCUGCAACUCCAAGUGCGUGUCGGAGCAGACCUUCUACCGCCUGAUGCAGUCCUUCGCCCUGGUGCUGUUUGAGUGUCACCAGAUGGACGACUUCAGUCCUGCCAAGAACCUCAUGACCAUGUGUUUCACGUACUACUACAUCGGGAAGACCCACGCGCUGCCCCUGGAGGCCAAGGAGAAGCCCACGGGCAGCAUCGACUCGUACCUGAAGUCGGCCAACAGCUGGCUGGCAGAGAAGAAGGACAUCGCAGAGCGGCUGCUGAAAAACACGUCGGCCAAGACGGAGAACGUCAAGGGCUUCUUCGGGGGCCUGGAGACCAAGCUGAAGGGUCCUGCGGCCAAAAAGAGCGACGAAGGUGAGGACAAACCGAAGGAGAAGCUGAAGAAGACGGUUUCCGUGCAGAGCCCGGAGGAGGAGAAGAAAGGAGAGAAGAUCUACCUGUACAUGCACCUCAAGCAGCAGCCCAUCUGGCACAACCUGCGCUUCUGGAACGCCGCCUUCUUCGACGCCGUGCACUGCGAGCGCAGGAAGCGCUCCCCCACCACCAGAGGGAACGCUGGGGAGGAAGAGGAGAAGAGGGAGAAGUGGUGCCACAUGACGCAGGAGGAGCGGGAUGACAGCCUGCGCUUCAAUGAGAACAUCACCUUCGGGCAGCUGGGCACCUUCAUCCACAACAUGCUGGCGUUCGGCCUCACCAAGAAGCUCUGCAGCGACUUCCUCAAGAAGCAGGCGACCAUCGGCAAUUUGGAUGAAGAGCAAUACAAGCUGCUCAGCGACCACAUCGAGCAGAUGGCCACCGAGUAGCGGCACGGCGAGACGGCGACCGGAGCAGGUGGAGAGGGCAACCUGCCCCCUCCAGAACAAAGCUGGGCUGCUCGAAGCACCCGAACACAACGCGUGUGGAGCUGCCUUACACCCGCAUGACCAUCCGCCAGACUUCAGAGCUGCGCCGCGGGCAGCCUGUAGAAAUAGGAGCCAACAGCCCCAUCCCUCGCCGGAGCCUUCUCCUGUGCGUAUUUCCAGAGCGGACCGACCCGGCGGUGUGUUUUGUCGCUCAAACAAACCAAAAAAAAAAAAAACUGCAAGAAAAAUAGCAAGCUGAAAAAGAAGAGCGGUCGCUGCUGCAGCUCCCCGUGCGUUUGCGGGCUGGGGAGGCCGCGUUGCUGCAACUUCAGCCCUCUGCAAGAUGCUGCGUGGGGGGCUCAGGGUAUCCAAUGCCUUUGGGUGGAGGGACGGUGCAGGAUCUGGAGGAAAUUCAGGCUGAGAGCAUCCUGCAUUCCCACAGCAUCCCCUUGGUGAGCGAGACACAGGCACGGGGGAGUGGAUGGCAGGGAGUGCAUCCAGCUGUUGGCGUCCCAUCCAGCUGUUGUUGGGGUCCCAUCCAGCUGUUGUUGGGGUCCCAUCCAGCUGUUGUUGGGGUCCCAUCCAGCUGUUGUUGGGGUCCCAUCCAGCUGCCGGGGUGCAUCCAGGCUGCCUCUGACCCACCUCCUCCUGCUACGAGGCAGUGGACAUUGUGCAGCACACGGCUUCCAGGAUCUGUGAAAGGAACUGGGAGCUCUGGGGGUGCUCUGUGGGGAUGGGGGGCACAGAGGGGGGCUCUGCUUUGGUUGGGCUCUGGGUUGGGGUGGCACAGGGUGGCUUUCCCUUGGGAAAACUGCUCUGCUUUCCCUCUAUGGCCCCGUGCAUGGGGAGGAAGCACUGUUUGGUCACAUCAUGGGCCUCCAUUGGUAGGAUGUAAGCCAUGGCGAGGAGGGGAGGCAGGCUGGGCUGGGAGGACGUGGGAAAGCAGCAGCUGUGGGGCUCAGAAUGGGGUUUUUCUGCAUGCACUCACUGUGCUUGCUGUCCCUGCGCCCCAUUUCCUGCUGCAGCUGUGGGUUUGCAGCUUUCCCAGAGCCUCCUUCCCCGGUGCUAAAGGAACAGCCCUGCACCUUGCUGCCCGUUCCUUCCCCCUUCCUUCCAGCGGGUCACCCAGCACACCUCCUGCUCUGCCUGCCUCACUGCAGCCCCAGCAAUGCAGCCGAGCAGGUUCUGAUGCGGGUUCCAAUGCGUUCCUUGGCACAGCAGCUGCAGGACACGGGGACAUCUCUGUCCCCAAACUGGAGGUUUCUGCACGUUCUGCGUGCAGCUUUCCCCAUGCAUCCCGUAAGAGAAAUAGCAGAGCAGGUCCCCGAGGCAGGAUCCCUCCCAUCCCUGCUGCCAGAAGCUGUUUGCUGGGGGGGGGGUCGCUGCCAGUUUGCACUUUGUGUGCAAUUGAUGGAGACGAGCUCUCUCCUCAUUCCUGCUGCGUUUGUCUUCUAUUCCCCACCCCCUCCCCUAAAUCUAAAGAAUAUAUUAUUUGCAUGUGUAUUUUUCUAAAAAAAAAAAAAUAAACAAAUAAACUGAA